ACCCUGGAGUGGGCAGAAUAUGGAGAACUUCUCACUCCUCAGCAUCUCUGGACCUCGAGUUUCUUCCUCUGCCCUGAGCACUUUUCCUGACAUUAUAUCCUCACGUGCCACCAGCUUGCCAGACAUCGCAAAGACAGCGGCACCCUCUGAGGCAUCCAGCACAGCUCAGGCCCUGUCACCCCUGUACCAAAGUAGUACUCUCCGGCAUGGGGUGCAUAACACGACGCUCUUACCAGACUACACCUUGGGGGCCACCCAGAACGAGGAGCAGCUGAGGAGGAACUGCACCAUCUACCGGCCCUGGUUCUCCCCCUACAGCUACUUCGUAUGCUCAGAUAAGGAGAGCCACUUGGAGGUCUGCAGCUUCCCAGAAGUGCAGCGGGAUGAGGGCGGGGGGGACACCUGCCUUCCUGAGGACAUGGCUGAGAGCAUCUGUUCGUCCUGUUCCUCCCCUGAGAACACUUGCCCCCGAGAAGCCACCAAGAAAUACAGGCACGGCCUGGACUCCAAGGACUACAUCACGUGCCAGGAUAUCCUAAUGGCCUCUAAGUGGCACCUGGCACAGCAAAACGGUUACAAGUGUGCAGCCUGCUGCCGCAUGUACCCCACCCUCCACUCUCUCAAGAGCCACAUCAAAGGGGGCUUCAAGGAGGGGUUCAGCUGCAAGGUGUACUACCGCAAGCUGAAAGACCUCUGGGGCAAGGAGAAGGCACGGUCGGGAGACAGGGUCUCCUUGGGCAGCUGCCAGGCCUUCAAGUAGUCCGGCU